GGUGCUGCUCUGGGGCAAGAGAGGAGCAGGGCCGUCUUCCUCCCUGACCCUGAGAAAAAAAGGGCUGGGGGAUGCACGAUGAAACACAGCUUUACGGGCUGAAAACCAGGACUUCUAUUGCUGCAGAACAUGGAGCGUCGCCUCUUUUGCGGAAUAAACACAGCUGUGAACCGACAGUGAGUUUUAAUAAGGCGAAACAUUUUUGUUCUUUUUUAUUUUUAUUUUUUACUUCGUUUUAGUUACACCGAUUGCUGUGAUUCACACACACAUCUGCAAUGAUGUUGUGGGCUGUGGACUGGAGCAGGACUGCUGCGACUCUGCUCUGCCUUUCGGGCUAUCUUUUCUCCAAAGCUACCGCUAAAACAUCAUUGGAAGACACAGCGGCACAAGAGGUGACUCUGAAGAUUCAUCUGAGUGAUGCCAGCACUCACCAGCCACUGUUUGGAGCCACCGUGCAGCUCUUCUCCAAUCAGUCUUUUGUAACCACAGAAACCUCAUCAGCUGACGGCAAUGCCUACCUGCGCUUCCCCUACCGCCUUGGGAUUCCACUGGUUGUCACUGCAACAAAACAGGGAUAUGUGCCAAACUCUGUUCCCUGGACUCCUUCCAGAUUACCUGUGUUUUCCUCAAUCAGUCUUGAUCUGCUCCCAGAAAGAGCUGCUACCCUGAUGGUGUAUGAAGAUGUUGUUGAGAUUGUGUCUGGUGUGCAAGGUUUAAGAGGCCAUCCCAGAGUUCACUUCCAGCGCAGAGCUUUAAGUCUUCCCUCCAACACGUCCUAUGCCAACCUGACAGCUCUGCUCACCGUGGCCAGCUCUCCCUCACACAUCCAGCACUUUCCUCACCUGCAGGUUCUCAGCAGCAACGGUACAGGUGCAGAGAAGAAGAAGUUCGAGUUGACUCCUGUGGCAGCCAUCUCUGUUCACCUAUUGGCCAGUGAUGGAGUGGAACUGCAGGUAAACGAGCCAAUCACAGUCUCUGUGCCACUGCCGGCCAACAGCGACCUAAAGGAAAAUGAUCAUAUUCCCGCAUGGAGAUUUGACCCACGUUUAGGCUCCUGGAUAAAGAGCAGUUUGGGUCACGUCCAGAAGGAGGGAAACCAGCUCGUUCUGACCUACAUCGCUUUCCAGCUGGGGUACUGGGUGGCCGCCGUGUCCCCCCUGCACUCAGGCCCGAUGGUUGCAAGGGACUUCAGCACAUACCACACUGUAUUUCUGCUGGCCAUACUUGGAGGGAUGGCUCUCAUUCUGCUCUGCCUGCUGUGCCUCCUGAUGUACUACUGCCGACGUCGUUGUUUGAAACCACGAGGGUCUCAUCGCAAGCUCACACUAUCUUCUGGUCUGGACAGCAGUAAGAGGGAUCAAGCCACCUCCAUGUCCCACGUGAACCUCAUCAGCAAUGAGGUGCAGCUGGAAUUUGUUUCCACAGCAACUGAGCCCGACAUGAUGACUCCAAUGCUGAAGCCUUCUUCAUAUGAGCCCCAAGACCAUCAGCGCCAGAGUCUCAUCCAUCACACCAAACAGAGCCGUUCUUCUCUCUGCAACAACAGCCAGCAUGGCUCGUCCCUUGGUAACCUGACGCCUCGCAGCAGAGACUACCGCCAGUCUACUGAGACUUUCCAGUUGAAAGCUGCCCUUUCAUCCGGGACAGAGAGAGGUUACCGUCAAUCAUACACAUCCGUCUGCUCAUCCAGCCACCAGAUUUCAGAAGCGCUGUCAUCGUCCAAUCACGGUCAGGUGUCAGCCACACAGCUAAGCAGUAUUGGAGUUAUUGAUUGCAUCUCUCCAUCCUCUCCUCCUCACUCCCCCAGCAGAGGGGAGGUAGGGGAGUGCAGAGCCCCAGAUCAUCUUCUGUCCCGUUCUGUAGAUCACUUGGAGCGUCCCAACCUUCAGGCGCUCUCCCGACCAGGUCAGCUGCUCUGCUGCGGCUCCGUAGAUCUGCUGAGCGGUGGAGAAGGCUACUCAAGAGUGCGCCCCACGCUGGUGAUCCCUGCACACUACAUGCGCCUCCCCGGUGAGCACCCACUGUCCGGUCAGGCGCUGCUGCUGCAGACCGACCAGCAGAGCGACUUAGAGACCAUCCAGGCCGAGCUCAAUGCCUCGCAUUCCCAGCAGCCCCUGGGACAACCUCCCCCCGACUGCGCCAAGAGUUCCAACAAGCAGGGUGACGGGGAGGGUCUCAACCUGUCAGAGUCCCUGUCUAUUCCCGCAGCUCUGGGGGAAACGGCUCUGGUUGAAAUCAACAAAGAGGACACCUUGUUGGCUGAAAAGACUUUAAUGGAGCUGAGAGGAGGGAAGCCUCUGCCUCACCCACGAGCUUGGUUUGUCUCACUGGACGGACGCUCCAACGCACACAUCCGCCACUCCUACAUCGACCUCCAGCGGGCGGGGUGCCACAACGGUGCACAGAGUUCAGGAGGUCAAGAUGAUGGCAGCGGCGAGAGGCACGGCGAGAGGCACGGCAACAGCAACGACGCCAGUCUGGACUCUGGCGUGGACCUGAACGAGCCGAGAGUGGGACGCAGGGGGAGAGACGUAGAGCAAGAGGAAAGAGAGACUGAGAAAAACAGAACAAAAGCUGCUACAUCAGCCAUGGCUUACACUCAGCUAGUUUAUGUGGAUAACUUGGAUGAGGGAGACGAUAUGGAGGAGAAGUGCAGCCCCCAGGAUAGCAAAACUAGACCCACCCUGCCAACGACAGCAGAGGAUAACAGACAGGGGGAUGUUGAGGGGAAAACAGCUGAAGGAGUACAAAUACAAGAGGAACCACCUUCGCUUUCCCCGGUGUCCCCUGCUUCUCCUCCUCCCCUCCCUUCACCAAAGGGAGUGACUUUCAGGACCGAUCAUACACUGCUGUCAGUCUCCCCAGAUGAUGAUGCAGCACACGAGGAGGGAGAGGAGGAGAAGAAAAGCCCCUGGCAGAGAAGAGAGGAGCGACCCCUGCUGGCGUUCAACCUCAAAUGAGUCCCAUCGAAGGAAAGGUUUAGAUUUUUCUGCACAACUUUAUUUAAAUGCUCAUAUUCCAGAAUUUACCUAAAGUAUUUCUGGAGACAAUUUCUUCAUGUUCAUACUGGUUCUUUUAUAAAGUGACACAAUCAUAAAAGCCCAUUUUUUUCUGUGUGAAAGUAAACUGUAACUCACUUUAUUCAUUGCCUCAAUUAAAUAAGGCAGAAAAUUUAGCUUUGAAGACCUGGACCAGAGAUUUUGAAAAGGUGCUGAAGCUGUAAAAUCGCUUCCCACCUCCUCAAUCCAACUGGAGCAAUUUAUUCUGUAUGUGUCUUCCUCUAGCAUGGUGCGAGGUUUAAGAAAUUUACAUAGUGUAAAAUAAAAAGCAUCUCUUGUAAAACUCAGGGCGUCCUGAGGCGUCGCCAGCUGAAAGAAGGCGUUGGAAUAUUGAAGACGCUCGUCUGGCUAAAUGCCUGUUCAAGAUUCUCUCAUGCCACAGAAGUCAGAGGCCAUGCACCUGGCAAAUUCCUGGCACAAGAGUUCACUCCUCCCAAACAAAACGAGCAGUUAUCAACUUAUUUUUUUAUCACAUGAUUAAAUGAUUUAUUCCUUAUCGCAACAGGCCUAAUUUUAAAACCAUUGUUGCUUCAUCUUGAUGUAUCCAUAAUCACACUUUAACCAAAUCCUGACCAUAGACUCUCUCAGACCUAAAAGGAACAAGUUAUCUUGCUCUACACGAUAGUAUAAAAAACAGUUUUAAUUCAAACAAGAUUUCGGGAACUAAAUAAACAAAGGAAGCCAAAAUUCCGAGUAGAGCCGCAUAAGAUUAAUGGGUGUCUAUCACACGUCACGUUGCUUCUUUCAGUGUUUCCACCACUUUUUGGUCCCAUGUAGAAUAAGUGCUGUAGGAUUCUGUUGAUGAUGUUCUAUUGUGGCUCCACACUGUAAAAGCGCAGCACACAAGCCCUGGUUUUCAACUACUGGGUGUAGACACGAAUCCUUUGUAGUAAAUGUUGUAAUGGACUAUGUAAUUCACUUCAUCUUUUCUGAGUUAGGUGGAAACUGACAGCGCACAUGUUUGAUUAGCUUGUUACCAGUUCUUUUUAACUUCUUCCUCCUUUGGGUGGAAACACGUACAUAGCCUUCAGGAUGACUUUUGUCAACAUUUUUUUCUUUUAACUUCAUAGAAGCAGACAUACUUCCAAACUCUGGUUUUCAAUACAGAAGGAAUAAAACACUAAUAUUUGAAGAUAUGCAUAUAGCUUGACUAAAUACAUACAUACAUUAAUAUAACAUUAAAUAAGAAUUUUGUCUCUAGCUCUUGACUGAGAUCAUCCAGUAUGAACAGCAGGAAGAAUGACUAUGGGCAUGUUAGUUUCCUUUUGCAGACAAAAAUAUAAACCUUUUCAUCACCAUCCACUUUUUGGACAAUAAAAUGAAGGAUUAAACUUUUCAAGCCAAAGCCCUUUUGCUCCAAAUAUAGCACUGAGUCCAGCUCCGGGGUUACGCUCCAGUCCAGAACUGAACUAUUCAGAGGAUCUCUUGUAAACCUCUUGGAACAUUUCAGACACGACCACUGUUUGUCACCUUUGUGACAAUAGAACAUGGCUCGGGUGUAGCCUGAAAGGAAAAAUAGACUUUUGGAGGCGAAAUAUAAGGAUGUCUUAUGCACAAAUAUAUGCCUUUUUAUAUAUAAACAGCCUUGAACUGUGGUUGAAAUGAUUGGUGGCUGAUUUUUCAAAAAUCCUGGAUACAGCAGCUUUUUUUUUCUUGAACUAUCUUGGCAAAUUUUUGAAACUUGCAAUUGACAUUUGAUGCAACAGUAAUAUUCAGUUUAUUUUUAAUUGUUCUGAAGCAUAUGCACACAACUGGCCAACUAAUUUUCCCCUUUUUUAUUUUUACACUCUGAUCUUGUGUGUUUUUCAGGAUUUAGUUUGAGCUCUACCAUAGUAUAAGCCUUGACACAAAUAUGUAAAUCCUCUGAUUUUCUGAAGGUAUUCAGUGGGUUGCUAGAGUUUAAUCUAGCCUGUCGGCUGACUGUGGGAGUUUCCAUGAACUUUUUGAAAGUGAACCACUAUCUGCUCUUUAGCAUAAUCAGAUAAUGUGACACUGCUUUCUGGUGAGCCAGGAUGAAUUACCACUACAAGGCUGUAGUUCCACCCUUUAAAUAAUUGUGAAGUUUGAAAUUGUGAAGGGUUUUUGUCAUCGCUGAACCACUGAGUUGUGUAUUUUUAUUUUUGUUUUUUAUUUUUUGCUUUUAAGGCUAUGCAUUAUUUUUAUACAACCGCUUAAAAUGCCUAUUUGUUUUUCUGUAAGUUUAAUUGCCAAACAUGAAGUAUUUUACCUGAAAAUGGACUACUUUUAUUUCUAUAAUUAUGUUAAGGGCUUUUUUGUUUUAGCCAGUUUAAUAGCUACAUAAUUUGUGUAAUGUACCUGAAAACAAACAGUUUGCUCGUUUUUCAUCAUAUGUUUUUACCCCAAUUCCACCCUCUACACUCCAUCCAAGUGCCUUUUGAACAAUCUGACUCUACAAGUAAUUUGUAGAACACCUUAUUUCUCACCUGCUUUUGCCUUCAGCUCUCCUCUCCUACCUCAGUCUUCUCUCCCUUUUUCUUAUUUAUGAAGGAAAGCAUGCAGUAAACUUUCCUCAGCACUACAAAGACUCCUUUGCAGACAUCUCAGCAAAAGUCCACGUAAUUUUAAAAAUAUUUUACACAACUCUGCGAUGCACCACUUUCUUUUGCAGUAGGCUCGAUCAGUGUUGGCAAACUAUUUCAGGAAAGAUAAAGCUAAUUGUGAUUGUAUGUGAAACUACACUGCAGGUUAUUUCAGUGUUUUGUUUGGUUCUUUUUUACUUGGAGGAUGAAUGUUUGUCUUGAAUGUGUUUUUAGUGGUGGUCUGUUUCAGAUGCUUCACACAACAUGCAUCAAAUCAAGAUUCAUGUGGCUAUAGCAAUCACAUUUCAGAAUGUGUUUAAUUAUUUCCUCCUGUCGGCCCGAUCCCAAUAACAAGCAAGUUGAUGUGUUUUCUUUCCUUGUGUCCUGCAGCAACCUCCAGUUUUUUUAUGGAGUAGUAAUACAGGAUCCUGAGUGUGUAAAUUGGUUGCUUGCAUUAUAUUUUAAGCCUAUUAUUCUGAAUAAACAAAAGAAAUUGAUA